AAGCCGGUGCCCCUUAAAACGGGACUUUUUAGGGUCUGUGUGGCCCCUUUUCGAUUAUUUAGACAGUACAGGUGCGAGAUCACAGAUCAUAGAAUAUCUGUGACCAUGGUGUUUCUCUACCUCGCCACCAUAUUUGGUGUGGUGACCCUUGCGGGGGGUCAAUCAACUCCCAUCCGCACAGAGACAUGUUCAGGAAACGGCCAGAGUGCGACUAUCCAGCCCAAUGCCGAGGCCUUCAUCGGUGGUCUGGUCACCAUGAACUACGUGGCGGACAGUGGAUACGGGUGUGGAAAUAUUGCACCUCUAGAGAUGCAGGCGUAUGAAGCUAUACGAUGGGCACUGGAUCGGCUCAAUAAGAAGAAUGAGGAGCUUAACGGAGAGUUUUUGAACAACAGUUACAUUCCUGGGGUGGAACUGGGUAUGAUGGUCCACAACUACUGCGACAUGGGGGCCACCGCCGUGAGUUACGCCCAGGAGCUCUACCCACAGUUCCUGUCUGAGGCCCGCGACUGCACUAAAAGUUCGUCCAGCCUCACGUUGGGUUUAACUGGUGCUAGUUCAAGUGGUGAUACCAAGGUGGUCAAUUCAUUUACUGGUCAGUUUGACAUCCCUCUGGUCUCUUACAUGGCAACAAGUCAGGAACUGACCGCCGGAAACAUGUAUCCUGGCUUCAUGAGGACAGUUUCCCCCGAUGGACCCCUGAUGGAUGCUAUCAUCAAAGUGCUGGGGGAGCUGGAUUGGAAGUACGUUGUAGUUGUUUACACCGAGAAUACCUACGGAAGAGGUUCCCUGGAACAGAUUCGUCCACGUCUCGUCGCUGCGGGAAUCUGCCUCACAUUGGCUGUUCCUGCGGAUCCUUCCGACACCACCCCAGCAACUAUGGCAGCCAUUUUGGAUAAAGUGCUAGCCACAGAAACGGUUGGAGUGAUCUAUCUGGGUGGAUCAGGACAUGGCAUGAGUUUACUGAAUCAGGGGGAAAACCAUCAAAAUGCUGGGAAGCUGCAGUGGAUUUUCACCGACAGCUUACCACUGUCUAUAACUUUUGAAGGGAAGAAAUAUCCUAGAGGGAUGAUUGCUGUGUUGUCUGGUUCCAGAAAAAUUAUAGAAUUUGAAGAUCAUUGGGUCAGGAUUGAUGUCAACAACCCGUCCUCUGAGAACCCAUGGUUCAAAGACUGGUACAUGAACGAAAACAAUUGUCAGCUAGCUGGCAACACGAACCCAGCUUUCACUUCCCUCCCACAAUGCACUGCUCAAACCGAGUCCCAGCGACGUAACUCGUUCGUACAGGACCAGUUUGUUGAGCCGGCUGUCCAUGCAGUGUAUGCCUAUGCACAUGCACUCAAGACUGCCCAUGCCGCCCUCUGUGGGGGCGUUUCUGGACUGUGCCCGCAGUUGGCGAGCCUGUCUCAGGAGGAUUUCUACAACAAUUAUCUACGAUCUGUCAACUUUACCUACACCAAAAAGGAGCGUGUGGAAAGUCUGGCCUCAGUGGGACUUGAACCAUACAACGCACCAGCCCAGCUCGCCUUUGAUGCAAACGGUGACAUCAUCAGUCCCACAUACGAUAUCUACAACUUCAACGAUUACCCCGGCGGUGCAACUUUCAAAUUCAGAAAGUUGGGAUCCUACCUGAAAGGCCGUCUGGAGAUUGUUACAAGUCGUAUGAGGAUGUAUGACGAGACCCGUGACAACGCCCUAGCAACCCUGCCAGCAUCCCCGUGUCCUGCCUCAGGAUGUGGCCCCUGUCUGGGUCUUCUUGUUGAUGCCAAGUACCUGUACGUUCCCGGAGACAUCGUCAUCAACGGCAUUUUCUCUGUCCAUGAAGAAGGUGAAAAAUCACUGUCAUGUGGGGACUUUAACGUUGAUACGGAGUCUGGUAUCCAAUUCCUUGAGGGAAUGGUGUAUGCUCUUUCUAACAUCAACAACCAACCAGCACAGACGCUACUACGGGGUGUAAGUCUUGGUGCACUGGGCUUCGACGACUGUAUGGACAACGUGCUUGGAAGCCAUUUUGUGACACAAGUUCAAACAAAAUCACGUAUGAUCAAGGACAUGAAUGGUAACAGCCUAGACCCUCGCACUGUAGAAGCUUAUAUGGGAGCCGACGGCACAGAUCUGACUGUUCCGUUGUCAAAACUAAUGAAUCUUAUCAAACGACCUCUUUUGGGCUAUAACGCGAUGAGCGCAGAGCUACAUGACAAUGACUAUUACCUUUACAUGUCCUAUAGCAACCGACUGUACAUGAAGGCGUUCGUCCUGUUGCUGAAACGCCUAGGCUGGCAGUACGUACAGACAGUCCGCGACAUGUCUAUGGAAGCAAGGGAUGCCAUAGAAGAGUUCCGAAAGAUUGCCGCGGAUCAUGGAAUCUGUGUCGUGUCUUCCUACGAGUUUGGGACAGAUGGUGAUGUGGAAGACAUUUUGAUGAUGUUAGAAGGCCAGUCGUCCGUCAGUCCUGUCCUGGUUGUCUCCCCUACAGAAGAUCUGAUUGGUCUACUACAGGAGGUCCAAAAACAAAACAAGACCGGCAACUUUGUCUUCAUGGCUCCAGUGGUAAGAUCUGAAAACGUAUUCCAAGGUGUAGAAGUCGCAGCUAAAGGCCUUAUCAGCCUGGACGUCCAGAGACCCGACCUGUCGGCAUUCCGAGGCUAUUUGAGUGGUCUGCGUACUGACACUUACACCACCAACCCGUGGUUUAAGGAGUGGUUUGAGAAUAUGCAUAGUUGCUCUUUAGAUGCAAAUAACAUGAGAAAUUAUACUACAAUGUGUAACGCGUUGGAUGUGACACUCGGCAAGAACUUCCAGUUCAAUGUCAACAGCUAUGCCACUAUCUACGGAGUGUACGCCAUAGCAUACGGCCUUCACAACACUCUGCAGUAUUACUGUGGGGUAGGCUACAAUGGCGUCUGUGGUGACUACCUGACCGCAGCAGACAAGGGUGAAAAACUUGUCGAGAUGAUUAAACAGAUGUCUUUUACAGUUGGUGGCUUGACCAUACAGUUUGUGGACGGUCAAGCCAACUUUCCAUUGCAGUUCUCCAAUUACCAUUCUGGUUUUGUUCCGGUUGGGACGUACAACGCUAUGACAAACAGUUUCGUGAUCCAGACUGAUCAGCUGAGCCUUCCGGGCGGCGUCCAGCCUGAUACCGUGAUGCCCUACUGUAAGGCCGUCUGCACACAGUGUCUGUACAUGUUCGGCAAUCAAGAAUACAUGUACAUUGAUGGCGAUCUCAUUAUUCCAGGAAUCUUUGACGUCCAUUAUCCAGGAGUGUCCGACUUUAUGUGCGGAAAUAUACGCUCCAAGAACGGCUUUCUCAACACUGAAGCAUUUGCGUUUGCUCUCCAACAGGUGAACAGCGGAGCUUCUAGUGUGAAACUGAAUAACGUUAAACUGGGAGGCCUACUUUUUGAUGGGUGUAUGAAUACGAUAAGAGGUCAUGUGAUCGCCUCAUCUGUCUAUUACGGAUUACUGCCAAGGGAAAAUGGAAUGCCUAAAUAUCCGCUGGACAGACUACUUGGAUGGCUGUCUUACGAGAGCGACACCACCGUGAACAUUGCUGAAUCUCUCGGACAUUUUGGGAUCCCUGUCAUUUCGCCCGGUGCUACCACACCUGUUCUGGAUGACAAGUCACGUUUUGACAAGUUCUUCCGUACUCUUCCUUCAGACGGAGUAACCACCCUUGCCAUGGCGCACGUUGCUAAGGAAAUCGGUUUUGAGUAUAUUAUCACUCUGAAUGCUCCAGAUCAGGGAAGUCGGGAUUCCGUGAAGCUGUUUAGACAAUAUGCACGAGACAAUGGCAUAUGUAUUGGAGCAUCAUAUGAGUUUGUAACCGAUGGCCCCAUGGCAACUUUAAUCCAAUACAUCACCGAAUCAUCGAGUCGCGUAGUAGCUGUCUUCAGUGACCCUGACCGAUAUAUUGAGGAACUUCUGAUAGCCAAAAAUAACAAUCCCCUGGCAGGAAACAUAGUGUUCAUGGCUAACAGACCCUGGCAGAACCCCGUAAUCAGCACGACGUCUCUGUUCUAUGCCACAAACACGUUGACCUUCGGCUACAAGUUCCCUGCCCUGGCAGAGUUCCGCAACUAUCUGUCUCAGAAAUACCCGAUAACCUACACAGACAACCCAUGGUUCAGUGAAUUUUAUCAGAAAUAUUUCUCUUGUAAUCUGGAUGGUAACUGGAUGUAUGGACAGAACUGUGGCACGACGUCUAUCGUCACCAGUGACUUCCUCGAAGAUUACGCUACACUUCCCACAAUUCAUGCUGUGUAUGCGAUGGCUGAAGGUGUCCACCGUACUCUCAUUAAGAAAUGUGGAGCUUCCUACAGCGGCGUCUGUUCUAGCUUCCUGUCGGACACAGACACUUUUGCUCAAGUGAUGACGCACAUGGACACCCUCAACCUUACAGACGUCCUUGGUGACCUUUUCCAGUUCGUGAAGCGAGAGAGUAACAGGGGGGUGACAAUAGACAGGAUUGAGGCCGGCACCAGUUUGUUGGCCAUGCCUGGUAAUAAGCCCUUGCCUGGAAAUAAGCCCAUGUCUGGUAAUAAGCCCAUGUCUGGUAAUAAGCCCUUGCCUGGUAAUAAGGCCAUGCCUGGUAAAAAGGCCAUGCCUGGAAAUAAGGCCAUGCCUGGUAAUAAGACCAUGCCUGGUAAUAAGCCCAUGCCUGUUAAUAAGGCCAUGCCUGGUAAUAAGACCAUGCCUGGUAAUAAGCCCAUGGCGUGUAAUAAGGCCAUGCCUGGUAAAAAGGCCAUGCCUGGAAAUAAGGCCAUGCCUGGUAAUAAGCCCUUGCCUGGUAAUAAGGCCAUGCCUGGCAAUAAGGCCAUGCCUGGUCUGUUUGAUAUCCACACCAAAGGACAAACACCUUACAGUUGUGGCAGUAUCAACGACAAUCAUGGCUUCCAGCUCCUGGAGGCCUUCCACUUCGCCCUGGAAUACGCUAACAACCGUACUGGUAUUUUCCGUAAUGUGUGGCCAGAGGUCACAUUUGGCGGUGUAGCCCUAGAUGUUUGUCAAAAUCCAACGCGUGCUGGAAAUAUGAUAGCGAACAUCCACUCCGGAACAUUGAAACUGACGACUAUGUCUCAGAGCCAGAACAUUACCAUCAACCCUGACAAUAUUGAUGUCUAUAUCGGCGCAUUUGACACCGACUCAUCAAUCCGGGUGGCAGACAUUGUGAAUCCGCUGGGAAUUCCUCAGAUCAGCUAUGGUUCCACGAGCCAGGAGCUGAUGGAUCAGUACAAAUACCGCUACUUCUUGCGUACUGUUCCCGCAGAUGACAAGCAGGCUAGGGCCAUUAUUUCCUACCUGAAGAGGUUCGACCUAAACAACGUCCAGGUCAUUACAUCCUAUGACAGCAUUGGUGUGCACAGCAAGGAGGAGUUUGCUCGUCUGGCCAGACUCAACAGGAUCUGCAUAUCCCAGAACAUCACCACUGGUGUCAGCGGCUCGAUCUCCGUCAUUGAAGCACACACCACUCUCAACAAGCUUUUCUCCUUCCGAGACGCUACAGUCGUGAUCUUGUUUGUCCAGGACCCGGAGACGCUGUUACAGUCGAUUGAGAAUAGAGAUGACGUAAGGAAUAACUUCACCUUUAUCGGUACAGACAAGCUUGGUUUCAACCAUGAGAAGUGGAACAAUGCGCGUAAGCUGAUGAAUGGUCGCCGUGCUGUAACGUUUGACAUAGAGACGGCAGAUGUGCCAGAAUUCGACAAAUACCUGGAAAACAAAAAUCCUGAAAAUUAUUUCUUUAACCCAUGGUUUGAUGACUAUUACCAGGAACUGUUUCAGUGUAACUUUGAUGGUAGGAGCACCAAGUACCCAGAACCAUGCCCGACCCAUCUUUUAGGAAUUCCCCGUGCUGAAGGCUACAUCCAGGACCCCUACGUUUUGUACGUCAUCAAUGCAGUGUUUUCUGCUGUAUUUGGCGUGGACAAGGCACUGCGCGAGAUCUGUCCCAGCAACAGCAUUGGAGUAUGUAACCUCUUCCGAACCAGCGGUGAGCGAAGACAACGAAUCAUGACUGGAAUCCAAGCCACUAACUUUGUUGAUGCCACGCAGCAGCCGUUCUUCUACGAAGAGGGAGGAGACAGUAGUCGUGGUUACAAAAUUUGGGAGCCCCUGCCUAGUGCGGAGGACAACACACAGUAUUAUCUUGAAGAUGUUGGUUCCUAUAACGACACACACUACCUGAAGAUUGACGCACGUUACGAUGUCGACUGGCAUUCAACAUGUGACCGACCUGGAUCAUGUACCUGUGAGUUCCCCGAGUACCAGCCGUCGCGCUACAUGAAGAAUGACACAGAUUGGGGUCUGUACAUUGCCUACGUGUCUGACGUCCACGACCGUGACCCCAACGACCCCUAUGCCUGUGGACCGAUCAACACAGUGGGAAACUUCCAGAAUAUGAUGGCCUUCUUCUAUGCUCUUAACCUUGUCAAUAGUGAUAACAACCUCCCAGCGACCCUGAAGCUUGGAGGGAUUGCCUUCGAUACCUGUUCUUCAUCUAAUCGUAUUGGGCAGGAUAUCUAUAGUCUGCUGAGUGGUGAAGGAAUUUGUACAGAAAACACGGGUCAAGUUAUCCCUCCUUCCAACUUGGUGGCGUACCUGGCUAAAGGUAGUGAAAAUGCCAUCAGUGUCAGUGGAAUACUCUCACCACUCAAGUUCACUACAUUGAGUCAGAGUGCUACAUCUGUGGCGCUUAGCAACAAGGAUUUCCACCAAUACUUCCUGCGCACUGUGCCUCCCGAUAACGUCCAGGCCGUUGUCAUUGCCGAGGUCCUUCAAACGUUUGGGUGGGAUUACAUCUCCGUAGUGUACACAGAUGAUGCCUACGGUAACGCUGCUAUCAAAACUUUACUCCUCAACACAGAGACCAGUACUCCUCGCAUCUGUGCCGCCCAGAGCAUAUCUAUGUCGCUGGAUACAACACUGAAUGAAGCCAAAGCGAUUAUCGACAGCCUGAACCAGCGUGUCGGCGCCAGAGUUGUUGUGCUGUUCGUGUCUGAUAUUCACGCCCGACUCUUGUUGCAGGCCGCAACAGAGCGUGGCCUUACACACAGGUUCAUCUGGCUUGGUAGUGACACCUGGGCAAACAGCGAAUAUAUCGUCAAUGGAUACGAGGAUGCCGCCGCCGGAGCUAUCACUAUUCAGAUCAGAUCUGAGGUGGUGGAGGGCUUCAAGAACUUCCUUCGCAGUUUUGACUACUCUAAUAACAUGAACAUGCCGCGGGACUGGUUCGAGGACCUCUACCAGACCAUUCACCAGUGCCGCAUCCUGAACAGUGUUGUUCAGAAGGUUUAUUCCAGCAUCUGUUCGGGCGAUGAGCGGAUCACCGAUGCCAUGAUCCCUAACGACCCCUACACUCUCCACACAAUCAUCUCCGUGUUCAUGGUGGCGAACGGACUGAACUCCAUUGAUGAGUGUAAGAGAACAAGUCUCAGUGUGUCUGCCUGUCUGUCACUUCAACAGAAUUCACGCGAGCUGAUCUACAACAGUAUUGCUGAGGCCCAGUACACCGUACUCCCAGACGACCUUGGCUCAAAGUCCUUCAACUUUAGAUAUACAGAGAGUGGUUACGGAGAUGUCGGCUACACCAUUCUCAACUUCAGACGUGAUCUGACAUCAGGAAACUAUGCAUACAGUCAGAUUGGAACCUUUCGUAAAGGCCUCCUGUCCCUGAACCGAGGGCUGUACCAAGGGUUUAGUUUCGUGGAGUCCCUCACCAAUCCACUGUCGAUGUGUCCGGUGGGUAGUAACUGUCCAUGCCUGAACAGUGAUGGCACACGCUUCAGUUACAAACGAGAGGGUGUGGCUGGUCUCACCUUCUAUCGGCUCAACGACGGCAGCUAUGUCGAUGCACAAACAGGGGAGGUCAUCCAGGUAGAGGACGUCCCUCAGCUUGCAGACAGAUUCUCUGAUAUUUGGGGCAUCAUUGUCGCGACACUGGCAGCAAUUGGAAUGUUUGCCUCAUUGUGCAUGUUUGUGUAUCUGCUUGUGAUGUACCCAGUACGCGGGGGAACCUCAAUUCUGGGUUUCAUGCUGUCCUUUGGUAACAUUCUGCUGUUUGCUCUGGUGUUUGCCUUCAUCGUGCAUGCUACACGAGAAGUUUGUGGUCUGCGUCGGUUCUGCCUGGGAUUCUGCUAUUCAAUAUGCUACAGUGCUUUGUUUGUCAAGAUUGUGGACUCCUGGCGGUCACGUGGCAAGGAAGAGCUGUACGAGGUCAAAUACGAGAAGCUUGGGCGCCCUCUGGGACUGUUUUUCUGUGCUGUGCUGUUUAUACUUGUACAAGUAAUUAUCAACACGGAGUGGCUUAUUUUGGAGCCACCAGAUGUUACAACAGUCCUGUACAACAACAUGCUGUGGCCGAGGUGUACGCCCAAUGAUUUCUACGAUCAAGGCCUCAUCCUGUCCUUGGUCUACAUCAUGUUCCUGGUCGUCCUGUGUGUUCUCUAUGGCAUGUGUGCCUGGUCCAAUCCAAAGAACCACCACGAAGCACGCUGGGUGCUGGGCAUUGUGCUGCUCGGGAUACCUGUGUGGGUGGUGUUCAGUGUGCUGGCCGUUCUCGGGGAAUACAAGAUGAGAGAUGCAGCCAUUGCUAUCGGUCUCCUGCUCAACGCUACCAUCAUGCUGCUCCUAGGCCCGAUGAGGAAACUCUACCUACUAACCAAAUUUGAGGAGCUAGUUGAGGAGGAAGAACGCAAGUCUGCACUUGGCAGCAUGAAAGGAGAUUACGCGUCCAUGUAUGGUCGACAGUAUGAUAACACACCACGCCUACACGAGCAUCAGGACUCGGUCCGCGACAGUGUGUUGGGAAUUGACCCCUACGUGGUACACCCUAACAGCCAUCACUGAAGUUUCUAUGAACACCACAAUUGAACGUUGUGAAAUCCUGAUUUCUCAUCGGAUCAGACAAACCGCAGCUGAUUGACUGGGCGGGAUUUAAUCACAUGGAACUGUGGGCGGUGGGCGGUGAAUCUCUUUACUGUGAUAAUUACAACGAUUAACAAAAAUUCGUUUAUUACGACAUUUCUUUAUACACAAAUCAUCUGUAUAAUGAAAAAAAGCUGUUUUGUAACUGAAGUUUAUGUUCUUUACUUCAUCAUACUUAAGGGUGUAUGUUGCCUUUCUGUAACACUUUGUUAAAAAGGGUUAAAAACCAGCAGAAUUUGUUAUUUGGAUCUUGUUUAUUAAUUCUCGACAUAUUUGAAAGGUUGACAUCCCUGAAACCACUCUCUAGGGGAAUUCCAGCUUAAAAGAAUGUAUUUCAAGGGAGGUAACUCAGAGUACAAAUAAUAAACAAAUCAUGUAUAAUGUGUAUGGUAAGAUAUAACAUUGUUGAUUUAAAGAGAAAUGUCAUGGUUUAGUUAUUAGUUUGUAAACUACAGUCAUGCUGAAAUACUUUCUUCCAAUAUAUACGACAAGCAGUAAUGAUACUGUAGUUCUGUUGUUACAACGUCCCAUGGUCAUCGAAUUAUUCUGAUUUUUUAUUUUUUUUAUGUGAAUGUAAAAGUACAGUUGCCAAUAGAGUGCGUACGAGUGUUGAACACAUGUCUCUGGCACCAGUCGCGAAAACAGAUAAAAAUUCCAUUAUUGAAUUAUACCAUCACAUAUAAACAUAAAAAAAUAUAAAAGUGUAAAAUUUUGUGUGCUAAUAUAUAUGUAGGUGUGAAAAUUGUGUGUAUAUAUUGUGGUGUGGAAGGUUAUAUAAAUUUGUAUAUAAAGAACAUUAUGUAGAUUUAAUUUGUACACACGGUAUGGAAGUUGUGAGUGCUGAAUAAAUAUGUUUGGUUUAAUUUUAACAUGAAUAAUUGGAUGAGAAAGACCCAGAGUUGAGUGCUUAAUGUGCACAAGUUCAUAGCCUUUAUUGAGAAUGCCCAGCAUUGCCAGGCUGAGUGCAGUAAGAAACUAGAUUUGUGUUGAUCAGUGUGUAACUCUGCACUCUGGCUUUAUUUUUUAUUACCUGUAUUACAUUUUCCAUUAUGUAUGUGGGUAUAUAUAUGUGCUGAAAUUUUCUUCCCAAUAGUGAUACAAGGAGAUUAUGAAUAAUGUAAAUGGUUUAAAAAUAAAAAAUAAAAUAUAUAUUAGAAAAAUAAGGCCUCCCAAAAAAGGAUGUCAGUUGCAGAACUGUGUUAUCUACAUAGAUAAAUUACAGAAUUAAACUGUUAAAAUAUCGUCUUCAAUCUCAAUCAGUUUGCCAUUCCUUAUCAACAUCAACUAUCGUUUUUCUGGUUUAAACACCCUCACACUAUCACCACAAAAUACCUACUGACUUCAUGAAUACAACGUUGUUUUUCCUUUUUGAAGGAAAUUUGGAAGGUUCUACAAUCAGUUCAAUUGUUCUGAAAUUGCUUUGUGCUUUUAAAAUUAUUAUGUCAAACAUUGAUUAUUUCAAACCGGCAAAAGGCGCACCAUGCAGCGUUUCUCCUUGAAGUCCCACGUUUGACUAUGUAACAACUAUCAUAAAACUUCGUCAGUCAAAACAGAUUUAAAUAAUGGUGAGGAAAUUCAUAUCCUUUUUAAAAAUUGUUGCCUUUAAAAAAUGAAUGUUUGAAUUGUUUGAUUAAUACCGAGGACGAUGUAUAACAGAGAAUCUUGUGCAUGGCGUGUCUUUUUGUUGGUUUAAAUCACAGCUGUUCGUUCCAAAUUGAAGACUUAUAACAAGUUCUAUUUGAGAAAAUUUAACUGCCACCGUUUGUACAGAAUUCUGUGGAACUACUUCUAAUCUGUCUCCCUAGUUACCCACGAUCACUGCUUUAUAGUACUCCAAGUAUAUACAAUAUUAUUGAUGUUAAAUCAUAGACAUUUCAGUCCAUAAAAGUCGGUUUAAUGGACUCGGACCUAUACUACCAUAUAAUAUACGUUAUAAAAGUUGUGUACAUCUGAGAGAUUUAAAUAAAUAUUUUGUAUAUUUUCAA